AUGGCGUACAGGAGGCCUUCUGCUUCACGGUCACACUCAUCAAGCGGUAGCAGCGCAGACCUACCUGAACUAACGGCGCUGAACCCAACGACGACCUUGCCACAGACCCAAUUCGAUAUCUUCCCGAAUGUCACCACCGUUUCAGCUAGACCAGUGAACAUCUCCCAGUCUGAUGCCAUGACGUCCAACCUAGGCCCCUCGAAUGACGUCGUUGCCGAGUUUCAAGUCCGGACGCCUCAGCCGAUCCUCACUACAGCCCUCAUCAAGGCCGACUACACCUGCAUGACAAACAACGCUGUUACCCCGCUCUUAGAGUGCAUCUGGAAAUACAGCUCUAGGCACGCCUUUCUUCCCGCCACGCCCAUCGAGCUAGCUGCUGGCCACCGUUACUGGCUGUCAAACAAGCUCUUAGCCGACGAGUGGAUGAUGAUCUUCCUAUUCGUCCCCGGGCUGCUUGACUCUGCACCCCCGGAGGUAAGGGCUGCUUUCGACAACCAGGUUUACAACCUUGGAACGUUAUCGGAAAUUGGCCUAGGUAGCUUUGCGGAUGUCAUGGAACAAGAGGACUACACCUUCACACCUCCCAGUGGGUUUCGGUCUACACAGUUCACAAGACAGCCUUUUCAACAUGGCUUCCCGCCCGUUCAGUCUACUCAACAUGUACCCCAAGGACGUAUGCAGCUAGCAUCGGCUUCAGCUCCAGGCCUUCCUUCAGGUAUAUCCUCUAUAUCUAGUGUAUCGGUGUUCCCUUUGCAGUCUGUGCCCAGUGGAGCAGCUGCAUUCGAGCAAAACCCAGCGGCUCCGCCAAUCUUUCAUCAGCUGCUCCGGGCACAGGGUAUCACUGACUCUGGGUUCCGACCGGGGAGUGUACUUCCAAAAGAUAACGUAAACAAGGCCUGGAGUGCUGAGCGCAUCCGUGCAUUUGUCGAGAUUCAGCAUAAAAGCAUCAACCAGCUGCCCCCUACCGCCUUCUCCUCUUACGGGACUGAGAUGUCUAACUUCCGAACGCCUGAAUCGAUCGAUGUGACCUGCUGUCCUUUCGAAACAUCACUCGAAGAGAACUUUACAUACUUUUCGAACAUAUGCACGCUCAAUCGAGAGAUAUGUGUCCGUGCGAGCAAGCACUGGCAACCCAUGGACAUAGCUCGCUACAUCAAUUAUGCCCAUGAUUUGCAAACGCCGGGAGUCUUUGGGCGCUCGAAAAUCGGACAUCACUUCGCCAACGCUAAGGUGUGGGCUGAAGCCCAUCCUGACCAUGUCCCCGCUGCCUCCUUGCGAAAUAUCAGCACAGACAGUGGGGUGCGUGGCAAGAACAGAAUCCUGCAUGACUACUUCCUUUAUAGUAUGGGGGAUGGAGUGGUUCGCUCGCCUCACGGAUCCAAGAGGCAGAUGUUGACACGCGUGAUCGAACACAUUCGAAAUGUGACCGGCGAUCGGAGUGUUCGGUUGAGCGAGGCUGCUGCGUACGCACAGAAAUGGGGUAUCACUGUACCAGCGCAUGAGCAGAUGGACUUCACAAACUUGGCUGUGGAGGAUCAGCUCCCGUCGACCGCGUUCCUUGCGAUGAUCAAGGCCGAUUACCAGCAUAAGUUCCCUGGUAAGGACCCAUAG